AUGAAUCCCUGGUGUGCCCUUGCUUUUCUCUGGUUGGCAUAUUUCUGCCAUGGCACUCUGUCCUGUCCGGCACUUUGCAAAUGCUACCCCACAAGAGCUGAGGUGGUCUGUAAUGAGGUUCCCCUGACAGAGUUUCCCACAGAGGGUCUCCCAAAGAACACCACUAUGCUGACCAUCCAGGACACCAACAUCACCUCUAUCUCCGAGCACCAUCUAAACGCCACGUCCCUGCUGCAAGAGCUCCACCUCUACAGCAACCACCUGGAGAGCCUUUCCUCUCACCUCCUCAGGGGCGUUCCUCAACUCAACACUUUGGAUCUCACAGGCAACAAACUGGCUCACUUGCCUACAGACGUCUUCAGCCACGCCCCACUCCGCAGCUUGGUGCUAAAGAACAACCUGAUUGAAAAAGCAGAUGCUGAAUGGUUUUCUGACAACAGCAACGUGACCUGGUUGGACUUAUCUGAGAACCGUUUGACAAAGAUCCCAACAGCUCUACUUCAAAAGCUGCCACACCUGGAGAAUCUUGAUCUUUCCAACAACCGUCUGGAGAAGAUCUCUGCAAAUUCUCUGGACUCGCUGACCAAACUUGAGAGGCUGAGCCUACAGAACAACAAGCUGGGAACCCUGGAUGAAUCUAUACUUGGUAGCACUCAUAACCUCACCUACCUGUUCCUGUCUCAGAAUCAACUCAACAAGCUCCCCCAAAACCUUUUUCAGGAGCUCACUCAACUCCGAGUUCUUAGUUUGGAUGACAACCAGCUGAGCCACAUCCCUCCAGGUUUGCUGGACCCGCUGAACUCCCUGGAUGAGGGAGGGCUGGACUUGACCAACAACCCGUGGCUGUGUGAUGGGAAGAUAGAAUACCUCUGGAGGUGGCUCCAGAAGAACAAGAAGAAGGCCUUCCUGCCAGAGUCCAUCAUAUGUGCUAAACCUCAGUCUCUGGUGGAACGCAAAGUAAUGUCACUGACAGAAAGUGCAGAGGUGGAGUGCAGCCAAAGCUCUCUUACACAUUUCCCUGUAAACAAUUUACCUCCCAAUACCACUCGACUAUCCAUCCAAUCCACCAACCUCAGCACUAUUUCAGCCGGUCAUUUGAGUGUUGUGCCUCUUUUAGAAAACCUUCAGCUUUAUCACAACAAACUGGACAGUCUUCCUUCAGAUCUAUUGAAGGACAUUCCUCACCUGAACACUUUGGAUCUCACAGGUAAUCAGCUGGUUCGUCUGCCUCCAAAUGUCUUCAGCCACACUUCACUGCAUAGCCUGGUGCUCAAAAAUAAUCUGGUUGAAAAAGCGGAUGCCAAGUGGUUUUCCGACAACAGCAGCCUGACCUGGCUGGACUUGUCUGGGAAUCGUUUAACACAGAUACCAGCAGCUCUGCUUCAGAAGCUGCCUCAUCUGGAGAAUCUAGACUUGAGUCAUAACAACCUGCAAGACUUACAAACAGAUGCACUGAAGAACCUUCACCACCUAGAGACACUUAACCUUGCUGGUAACAAGUUAAGCUCCCUGAAACCAACAACCUUCACCCAUAACCUGAAACUCUCCCAACUGUUUCUACAGGAGAACCAGCUCCAAGAGCUGCCAGUGACCCUCCUUCAAGGUCUCCAACGCCUUGAACUACUUCUUCUCAAUCAGAAUCAGUUGCAGCAUCUCCCCUCAGGCCUGCUGGAGGACAGGAGUUCCACUUUUCGGGUUAUCUUAACAGGGAACCCCUGGGUGUGUGAUAGGAAGAUGGAAUAUCUGUGGAAGUGGCUCACUGUUCGUCCCCAGAAUGUCAUCUUUUUGGAGGAGGUAACAUGUGCUAGCCCUGAAGCUCUCAAACAUCGUCAAGUGGUCUCUUUAACUGACAGUGAACUUGGUCUUAAAAAAUGA